GGCGCGUUCCCGGUGGAGGCAUGUGAUUGCGCGGCCCCGCUGACAGGGGGAGGGGCCUCUCAGUCUGUGCGGCGCAACAUUGUCUGAGCGAGUACCCCAGGCUCUCCAGCGUGGCACUCUCUCAACAAGAGUGCUGGAUUCUGGGCAGUAAAGUCAUUUUGGGACAUACGGAAAUUUACCCAACUAAAGCGAGCUCCCGUGGGACAUUUACGGAUAUUUGCUGUUUACGAAACGUGAAUUUUCGGUUGAUUUCUCAGAGGGCCCGGAUACUGCCUGAUUGCGAGAGGAAACUCAACUCUGAUCCUUUCGUCCUGAAAUGGACGCUGGAGUCGUCCCCGAGAAAAAAAGAGUGAGUUCUGAGCGCCGCAAAGAGAAGUCCCGGGAUGCAGCAAGAUGCCGGCGUGGAAAGGAGUCGGAGGUGUUCUACGAGCUGGCCCAGCAGCUGCCACUGCCACACAGUGUCAGCUCCAGUCUGGACAAGGCCUCCAUCAUGAGACUGACCAUCAGCUACCUGCGCAUGAGGAAGCUCCUCAGCAAUGAGCUGUCAGGGGAGGAGGAAAGUGACCUGGACAUGCAGCUCAACAGUUCCUACCUGAAGGCUCUGGAGGGCUUCCUCAUGGUGCUGUCUGAAGAUGGAGAUAUGAUCUACCUGUCCGAGAAUGUCAACAAAUGCCUUGGGCUGGCACAAUUUGAUCUGACUGGACACAGUGUGUUUGAUUUCACUCAUCCCUGUGACCAAGAGGAGCUGCGGGAGAUGCUGAUCCACAGAACCGGCUCAAAAAAAGCCAAGGAGGCCAAUACAGAGCGCAACUUUUUUCUGCGAAUGAAAUGUACUCUGACCAGCAGAGGUCGCACUGUCAACGUCAAGUCAGCCACGUGGAAGGUAUUGCGCUGCUCCGGACAUGUCCGUGUCUUUGAGAACCUGACAGAGGACAUUUCUAAUGGGCAGAAGGAACCACCUCUGCCCUUUCUGGUGCUGAUCUGUGAUCCCAUCCCUCACCCCUCUAACAUUGAGGUGCCUCUUGACACAAAGACCUUCCUCAGCCGUCACACCAUGGACAUGAAGUUUACCUACUGUGAUGAACGGAUUACAGAGCUGAUGGGAUAUGAGCCAGAGGACCUUCUGAACCGAUCAGUCUACGAGUACUAUCAUGCUCUGGAUUCAGACCACCUUACCAAGUCGCACCACAACUUAUUUGCCAAGGGCCAAGUUUGCACCGGACAGUACCGCAUGCUCGCCAAGAGAGGAGGCUUUGUGUGGGUGGAAACCCAAGCCACAGUCAUUUAUAACAACAAGAACUCACAGCCACAGUGUGUAGUCUGUGUCAACUUUGUACUCAGUGGCAUUGAGGAGAACCGAAUGAUCCUUUCCCUGGAACAGACAGAGGAUGUGAAGCCAGUGAAAGAGGAGCAUCUUGAGGCUGUGGAGGAGCCUGUGGAGGAAAGCAACCCAGAGCUGGUCCCACCUCCCCUUAAAGACAAUAAGGUCCCUGAACUUGAUGUAAUCAAGCUCUUCACUCAGGCGGAUGCCCAGCCACUGGUCAGCCUGUACGACCAGCUCAAAGAGGAGCCUGAGGCCCUCACUCUGCUGGCCCCUGCUGCAGGGGACACUAUCAUCUCCCUGGAUUUCAGCUGCCCAGACUCUGAAAUGCAGCUGCUGAAGGAGGUCCCUCUCUACAAUGAUGUCAUGCUUCCCUCUAGCAAUGACAAACUGGCCCUUCCCUUGUCUCCAUUGCCCCCCAGUGAGCCCCUAACUGUCCAGUCCACGCCCACUGAGAUGGUCAAAGCAGAGAACUACACUCCUACUCCAUGCAGCACAGUACAGAAAAGCCCCACCCAGACUCAAAGUGCAUUGGAAUUCUCUUUGAUGGAAACUGACAUUAAUUCUGAAUUCAAAUUGGACUUUGUUGAGAAAAUGUUUGCCAUUGAUACAGAACCAAAGACUCCUUUUACAAAACAGGCAUUGGAAGACUUGGAUCUGGAGAUGCUGGCCCCAUACAUACCCAUGGAUGAUGAUUUUCAGCUGCUGAGCCUGACGGGGGAGCCUCUGUCCUGUGGACCAGACACAUCUGUGGAGACACCCUCUGUCCAAGUGACAAAAGAAAGCAGCAGUUAUCCACACUCUCCUUCAGACAGCCAGCACACAGCCUCUCCUGCUCCGCCUCAACCUGUCAGCAUCCCUCACCUUGCUGCCAUCAUCUCGAAGAGAACGCCACAGUUGGACAAAGAAGUGUCCCUCAGAACACAGGCAGCUCAAAAUGCACAAAGGAAAAGAAAGCUGGAUGAUUUAAAAACAAUAGGACAAGGCUCUUUGCUCUUGGAACCGACAAAAAAACAGAAAGCCCCUGAAUCAGAGAAUGCAGAAAGGGGGCAUGUCCAGCAGACGAUACUACCCUCAGAUUUGGCGAGCCGGCUGUUGGGCAGUUCAGAGAACUGUUCUUCUGUUCUCACUCUGCCUCAGCUCACUCGAUACGACUGUGAGGUGAAUGCUCCUCUACAGGGCCGCCAGUAUCUGUUGCAAGGAGAGGAGCUGCUACGAGCCCUGGACCAUGUCAACUGAGGAAACGCUUAGCCCCCUGCUGGACUUAACUGGACACUACACUUCUCCCUCACACUCCUCAAGACCCUGCCCUUCCCCACUCCCCUUAUUUAUGUAUGUGUAUGAAUUUGAUAACUGUGCUGCUGUUUGUGAACAUCAUGUGAUCUUUGCAGCAUUCCAUCGUCACAAACACCAUAGCAGCAUCUAGGUUUUGGUCCAAGGGAUUCAGGCAUCUGCAGAUGUCAAAUGUUUGUUUAUUUGGAAGUCUAUCAGCACACAGUGCCUCUACCGAUGACCAACCUCCAGCAGGUCAUACAGAACCUGGCAUACUGCCAGCAGCGUAUUGUAAGCUUCAGUCGCACAAUUUAUAUUUUCUUAAAAAGAUAAAAUAUUACCAGCAAUAUAUAUAAUAAGCCUUUUUAAAGUAAUUUUAAUGGAAUUUGAACAAUAUUAUUUUUCUCCCAUACUUGUAUGUUGUUGUAUUUGUCUGGAGCUCAGAUGUAUGAGCAUAUUGUUUAAACCUACAGUGGCUGAAUGUUAUCUCCUUUUAUUAGCAAACAUUUACCUAAGUCAACUGUGUAGCAGUUAAUACAAGUCCUUUAAUUCUUUUUCUGUGUCUAUGUAAAUAUACCAGGGGAACUUUUUAUUCACUCAGUUCUGCUUCACAACUUUGUCUAAUCUGAUUCAACAGUAAGAGUUAAACAUUUUGUGCAUAAUUCCUCCUCAUGGCAGUUUGGCAUUUUAAACCAAGGUGAGCGGUUUGUUUAUAUUGAAUGGUAUCCUUUAAACUAUUUCAAUGUAUAGGAUUGAACAACUUGUAUUUUACUUGUGUGACCAUCGUCAUCAUAGUAGCAAUUGUAAGUUGUCUCAGCUAAUUGUAGUUUUAUCAAGGGUCCAUGCCAUAUUGUUGGGUCCUAUGCUUCUCAUUGCAGUCAACAUUAAAAAUCUUUAAAA